AUGAGUAAGAUUUUUAGGAGACAGCUAUCUGCUCUUAAUAAGAAGAAUUGGCUUAUCUAUAAGAGAAACAAAGGAGUCAUACUUGUUGAGUUCUUGCUUCCCUUAAUUAUCAUGGCAUUUGUAGUUUCAAUUAAGAAAUCCUCCAUGGUAAUUGACCAUGAGCCAACUAGUUAUGAGCUUUAUGGGUUCUAUGCACAUCAGAGCUACAGUGAUGAGAGCUUCCUGUUCAAAUCUUCCAUGUUUACAUGCCCACCAGGGACUGCUAUUGGGAUAAUUGGAGGGGAUAAGGAUGAAAUUUUGAAAGAUACAUUGAAAAACCUAUAUCUAGAAGAAAAGAAGAGCUACAGUGCUUUAGAAGAACAUGAGAUCAUCAAUUUUGACAACACAAAAGAGUUUUACAAUUAUAUCCGCCAGUAUAAAGAUGUGGAGAGUCCUCCUAAUAUCACCAAGCUUUGAUUUGGAGCUGAAAUGCAGAGGGAAGGAAAGCAAUAUAAUCUGAAAAUUCAUGUCAUGUAUCUUCCCUCUGGAGAUUCUAUACCUUUUGAACAAGGCGAUAGCCUUCCUAAACUUUUUGGUGGGUACUCAGAGAUGAAGAAUAGCCAUAUGAGUACCUUCACGAUGGCAGUAAGCGAAGUAAUUGCUUCAAGAUAUGAGAAAGACGUGGAUCAUGAGUUUAGAGUUGCUUUUGUUCCAAGAAAGACAGGUGCUUUUCGACAGGAUUACUUUUCCUCAGGAAUGUCUCAAACUUUUUCCCCUCUUGUUGUGGUAAUUUUCUUGGCUCCUUUCAUGAACUUCUAUCCAAAAGCCCUAGAUGAAAAGGUAAAUAGAAUGAAAGAGUAUAUGAGAAUGAUGGGAAUGAAGGACUCAGCAUAUGUUUUAAGUUGGGCUAUUUAUUACACUCUCCAAAUUUUUAUUGUCUCAUUAGAGAUGGCCAUUGUGACAUCUUUGUAUUUGGCAACAAGCUCAAGUUUCAUUUUGGUUUUCUUGUUCUUCUUUAUGUAUGGUGUUUCAUUAUUUGGAUUCAUACUCUCACUUGUGGCUAUUUUCAACAAUAAGAGAACAGGAUCUGCAGCAGGAGUCAUUAUUCAUUUUGCUACGUUCUACAUAGUUCAUGCAGUUCCAAAAUCAGCUGGUUAUUACUCAAGACUUCUCUCCUCAUUCAUACCAAAUAUGGCAAUGAGCCAAGGAGUAGAAGUGCUCUGGAAGCUUGAAGACAAUGAAGCAGGGUUAAAUUUCUCAACAAUGACUCAUCUCCACAAAAAUUUUAACAUUAGUUCUUACUUUUUCAUGUGUUUGGUUAAUACAGUUUUAUAUACUUUAAUCGCCAUAUAUCUGACUUAUACACUACCCAAUGAUUAUGGCCUUAGGAAGCACCCUUUGUUCUGUAUAUUGCCAAGUUCAUGAAAAAAGAGAAGCAAGAAAGGAAACUAUUCUCGUCUGAAUGACAAUCAUGAGGAAAUUGAUAUGGAAGAGAUCAAGAAAAAUACUAAUUUUGAGCCAGUCCCGCCUCAUUUUAAGAACAGAGACAAGCUUAGCAUAAGGAAGUUGGUUAAAGUGUACGAUAAUGGACUUAAAGCGGUGGAUGACUUGUCGCUCACGAUGUAUAAAGACCAAAUUUUCGCUCUCCUUGGUCCGAACGGGGCUGGUAAAACUUCUACUAUCUCAAUCAUCACUGGUUUGUACGAGGCUACAGAAGGUGAAGCUGAGGUUUUUGGAGCUAAUAUUUUUGAUGAAAUGGACAAAAUUCGUGAAAACUUAGGAGUCUGUCCUCAGUAUAAUGUACUGUUCGAUCAAUUGACUCCUGAAGAGCAUUUCAAUAUCUUUUGUGAGUUCAAAGGAGUUUCAAAGAAAAUUAGAAGAAGAGUGAUACAAGAAAUGUUGGAAGAAUGUGACCUAGAGCAACAAAAAGAACUCUUGUCUAAAAAUCUUUCAGGCGGUCAGAAACGGAAGGUAAACGUCGGUAUUGCUCUACUAGGAGGAUCUAAACUCGUCUUGCUUGACGAGCCUUCUUCUGGGCUUGACCCUACAGCAAGAAGAAGAUUAUGGGAUAUGCUCAAGAAGAACAAACAAGAUAGAAUUAUCAUACUUACAACUCAUUUCAUGGAAGAGGCUGAUAUCCUUGGAGACCGGAUUGCAAUCAUGACUAAAGGAAGAGCAAGCUGCUGUGGGUCAUCUCUGUUUCUAAAAAAGAAGUUUGGUGUUGGGUAUAAUCUCACAAUUGACAAGAUAUAUAAAGAUAAAGCACCACAGAUAGAUGCCUUUAUUCUUAACAAGAUAAGUACCGCCCAGAAGUUGUCAGAAGUAAGCUCAGAAAUGACAUAUCAACUCCCUAAUGACUCAGUUAAGAACUUUAAGGAGUUCUUCAAAGCCUUGGAUGAGAACAAGCUAGAGCUUGGUUUAAAAUCGUACGGAAUUGGAGUAACUACUCUAGAAGAAGUAUUUUUAAAGGUCUGAGAGGGUCGCCAGAUUGAUGAAAUUGAUGACUUUUCCUCUAAAGAAACUGACAGAAUGGAUCAAGACAUAUCAGACUCAUAUUGACUUCUUGACGAAUCUGUGUCAGGCUUCCAUUUGGACAGACUGCAGAUUUUUGCCAUGAUCUCUGCAAGGCUGAAGAUGAUAUUUAGACAUAUCAGACCAAUCGUUUUUGAAAUUUUAUACCCUUCACUUCUGAUCAUCUUCGGAGCACUAGUACUGACUCUUUCUGUAAAUGCAAGCAACCGUGUAACUACAGUGAGCAUGAAUGAUUUUCCAAUGAAGCAAGAGUUUAGUUAUUCAGAGUAUGAGCCCAAUGUUAAUCCUGAUUUAUCCAAAGAUUUCGUUGAAGGGUUCUUCAAAAAUGACGUGUUUACACCAAUCCAUUUUGAGAUGGACCAAGAAGGGGAUAUAAAAGAAAGAUUUUCUAGACUAGAUCAGAUCUUGCUUGGCAAAAGUAAGCAAGACCAGUCCUAUGGAAGUGCUUACAUUAAGGAGAUUAUUAACAAUGCUACCACCAAUUUGUAUGAUAUUAUCACAGUUUUAGACAUUAAUUCAGCAGGUGUUUUGCCAUAUUUCACUGGAUUCAUGAGUAAUGCAUUGCUGAAACAUUCAACAGGGGAUGAAGAGAUCUCUCUUAACCUCUCUUACGGAGGAUUUCCGCAAUCAAAGCUUCUAGAUAAUGUUCUUUCAACUACAAUGGCGAUCAUGACUGUUAUCUCAUUCAGUCUUUCUGUCGGAAGUAUUACUUCAGCAAUUGCAGCAAAUCUUGUGAGUGAAAGGAACGAUGCUAUUAAGUACCAGCAGAUGAUAAGUGGAGGGAGCUUAUUUUCUUACUGGUUCAGUGUGUACUUUGUGGAUAUUCUUAAAUUCAUUCUUCCAGCUGCUUCCUUUGUAAUAAUCACUUAUACAAUGGACUUUAGUGUUGAUUAUAGCUGGAUAUUACUGAUAAUGAUGAUAAUAGCAGUCUUGCCAUUCACCUAUUUACUAACUUUCUUCUUCAAGAAAGAUAACACAGCCAGAACUGCUGUGAGUUAUCUCCAAUUCUUCUUCGGAGGAUUCAUGGCUCUGAUCAUUUUUGCAUUCCAAAUGCUAUCAAGUGAAGGAUUUUACAUAAAAAUUUUCAAAUGGAUCUGAAGAUUUCAGCCUGGAUUUUCCUUCUGUAACGCAAUUGUCCAGAUGUUGAUGAAGGAUAUUAUUCCAGAUGUAAAGGAAACCUCGUUAUUCUCUUUAGAUAAAGUUGGUGGGGACAUCCUAAUGCUCUGCAUUUGUCCAUUUUUGUACUUCUUCGUAAUGUACCUUAUUGAAACAGAGUGUGUAACAUUUGGCCAGACACAAGCGGAGACUGAGAACCUUGACCUUGACGAAGACGUGCUCGAUGAAGAGAGGAGGCUCGAUCAUUCCCUUGCCUCAGAUUACCAAGUUAGAGUGAAAAAUUUGAACAAGGUGUAUAACGACAGAGGUAUUAAGAAAGUAGCAGUUAGGGAACUCUCCUUCGGAUGCCAAUAUGGUGAAUGCUUCUCCCUUCUUGGUGUAAACGGGGCUGGCAAGACUACCACCUUUAAGAUGCUCACAGGAGAAAUCAAGCCAAGUAAGGGUAAAGUUCAUAUCAACGGCUAUAAUGUACUUGAUAGACAUGAAUUGUCUCAAGCGAGGAAAUAUAUCGGAUAUUGUCCUCAAUUUGAUGCUCUGUUCAGUGGCCUGACAGUAAGAGAACAUCUUGAGUUCUAUGCUAGAAUCAAGGGAGUUAUUCCUGAAGUUAGAGAGAAAGUUGUGAAAGGUAAAUUAAAGCAAAUGGACCUGUUAGAAUAUGAACAUUCUACAGCAACCAAACUCUCCGGUGGGAAUAAGAGGAAAUUAUCAGUAGCCAUGGCUAUGAUCGGCAAUCCUCCAAUUAUUUUCCUUGAUGAACCAUCUACAGGGAUGGAUCCCAAAGCGAAGAGAUUUAUGUGGUCUGUGAUCUCAAAUAUCACAACUUUGAAGAAGAAAAGCGCAGUGGUUCUUACUACUCAUUCUAUGGAAGAAGCAGAGGCUUUAUCUACUAAAUUAGGAAUCAUGGUUAGUGGUCAUUUUAAGUGAUUUGGAACAGUCCAGCACCUUAAAAGCAAGUUUGGAAACUUUUAUGAGAUCGAGUUUAGGACAUGUACCCCUGAUGAAGAGAAAGCAGCUAGCUAUCUCCUAAAUACCUCAUUUGGGGAUGAUUUUGUGGUGGAUGAAUUCCAUCUUAUGGAUGUGUUGAGCAAAUGAGGGUUUGAUCAUCUCAAAGAUGAAUUCACUGAUCAUGGAUUAGGCAAAGAAGUUCUACUAAAUGACUGUUCUAACAAAGGAAUUAAAAUCAUAGAGCUCCUGCAAUGAUGCAUCAAUAUUGAUGAAGUCACUCAAAUUCUAAAGGAUCUAGUAGAUAGAUUUGGAGAUCUCGAGUUAAUUGAGCAUUAUGGAGCUUCAUACAAGAUCAAGCUACCUGCAUUCAAUCUCUCAGUUGGAAAAAUGUUUGAGAUCUUUGAGGAGGACUACAAAGAGAGAUACUAUAUCUCUGAUUACUCAGUGACGCAGGCAACUUUAGAGCAAAUCUUCAACAGUUUUGCAAAGGAACAGUACGUGCAAGAACCUCCAAGACAGAUUACUAGGGAAGAUUUUGUGUACUAAAAGGCUCAAUCCAA